AUGGCCAAUCACCCCAGUGAGCCCACGGACCCAAUCGCUCUGCGCACUCCCGUUCGUAAAAGGCGAGCUCAUCCGUCAGAAUUGGGGUAUCUGGAGCCCAGAGCAAAAAAAACUCUGACAUUGCCAACCGGCGGCGACGGCUCAAACAGGUCUCCAGGCUCCAUGGGCAGUGGUCAAAAUGCGCACAUUACCGCCGACGCUGACCCGGCGCCGCCCUUGUCUCCAACCGCAUCUGAAACCAUCGACCUCCGGGAGCGGCUCAGCGUCUCCGUCUCUCCUCGAAAUCGCCUUUCAAAGUCCAGGAGGGCCGUUUUUGACAAGCUGGCCGAGGUUGUAUCUUGGGUGGAGGAGCGAGACAGAGAGAAGAGGAAAGCACUGAAGGAGCGGGCACAGAGGAGUGCGGAUGAUCGCUUCGCAGCAAUCGUUGCCAGAAAGGAGGCCCUAGAGCAUGCGAGGGCUACGGCAGAGCAGUGCAAAAUAGCGAGAGCAGGAGAGGAUGCGGCAGAACAGAAGCUGCGGGAUUCAGAAAGGGAGGUUCAUCAGCUCAAAUGGGAUAUGCAGGAAUUCACCAAGAAGUAUGAGGCCUUGGAAAAGGAGUUGGAGCAAUGUGAGGCUGCAAAGGACAGGGAGGUCAAUUUGAGCCGGGCAAUGGAGAUUCGGGGCGACUUCUUAUUCAAGAUGCUGGCUGACGAGCGCCGGUGGAUUGACAGCCUGAAAGCAGUCUUGAUAGAGCAAGGCAUUGAAUUGCCAGCUUAUCCUGAGGGAAGAAGCAGCUUUACGGACAUGUAG